CGCAUCACAAUGGAAAGUGACGAUAGCAACAAACCAAACUAUUACGAGCUUCUUUGCUUGGACCCAUCAGCUACAAAGGAAGAUGUCAAGAAAGCCUACCGAAAACAAGCUCUUCUCUUUCAUCCAGAUAAGAUGAAGCCUCAUAUGAAAGAAGAAGCUUCACAACACUUUCAACUUAUCAGUGAAGCUUAUGAAGUCCUGUCAGAUGAUAAAAAGCGUGAAUUGUAUGACCGCUUUGGACAUGAAGGAGUCAAAGCUGGAGGUGAUCCUAACCCACCACCCCAAGCCGACUUUGACUUCUUCCAGCAUGGACCACAUCAAGGAUUUGGUUUCGGAUCACCAUUCUUUUCAUCUUUUGGAAUGCCUGCUCACUUUCAAGACCCGUUUGAAGGCCAUCAUCAACGACACAUGAGGAAUUUCCAUGAACAAUUUGAUUCUAUGUUUAGUGGAUUUGGAGGCUUCCCCAUGUUUGGUCAUGACUUUGGACAUCAUAUGAAUCAUCAUGAAAAUCUUCGUCAACAACACCGCAAUGCUUUCAACUCACAACAAUCAACGAGGCCAACCUUAUUUUCAACAUCCCCAUUUGCAAGCCAAUCGCAAACUCAAUGGUCAGGCCAAGGGACAAGUACAAAUCCAUUCAUGGAUAUGGGCAUGGGCAUGGGCAUGGGUAUGGAUGGCGGCAGUACUAUGUUCUCUUCCUCUUCAUCGUCAUUCGGUGGCGGACCCAGGACAUCCACUAAGACGACUAUUGUGAACGGCCAACGAACUACUAUAACUGAAGUUACGGAUGCUCAAGGCGUGACCACAGUAACCAAGGAGAAUCCUGAUGGGACGCGAGAAACUUUUGUAAAUGGUGUACCAACAGCUAUUGAAGGGGGGACGAAUCCAGAGAUGAGAACACUGCCAAGGAAUGACCAGCAACCAAUUGUCAUUGAUGAUGAUGAUAGAUAUGGGUAUAAUCACGGCAGCAACAGUAAUGGAGGCGGUGGUUCAGGACAUCGUUCAGGAAUGUCUAAUAGCGGUGGCGAAUACGGACGUCAUUCAACCUCCGCAUUCAAUGCAUCAACAACGAAGACUUAUCAGCCUAAUUCUAGUAACCAUGAUGGUCGUCGUACGGCGGCAACAGCAGCAGCAACGGCACCUACAGAGCCUAUUGUGCUUGAUACUGAUGAUGAUGAAGACAUGUAUGAGGAGCUUUCAAGGCAACAUCCACGCCGUAACUCUGUUCAUAUCACCUCUGACCCUGAUGAGGAUCCCAAUAUGUAUCAUCCUCGAAUGGGGCGUGGACGAAAACUCGGUGGAACAAAUUCUUCAUCUCGACGGUACACCCGCAACUGAAUUAAGGGACAUGCAUACUUCAAAUCCUCUCCUUAACAAUCUACGCUCUUGAUUAAUCACUUGCUACUACUUCUCAUACGCAUAUACAUCAUGUCGCAAAUAACAAUAAAGCUCAUUUUGAAUAAAAGAAGAAG